CCUCGAGGGUAACAGCGGAGGAUUCAAACCGAACAUGGCUGCGGGGAAAGAUGUCGAUGAGAACGCUCAUAAUAGAAGAGGAACAGUGUGCAGUAUGGUGAUCAAUCAGGAGGACUCUGCAGGCGGCUCUCGUGCUGGCCGACCGCCUGUCAUCUUCAACCCAGACUUCUUCGUGGAGAAGCUCCGUCAUGAGAACCCUGAUGUGUUCCUGGAGCUUGUGCUCAGUAAUAUUACUCGUCUCAUUGAUCUUCCUGGUACAGAGUUUUCCCAGCUCCUGGGUGAGGAGGGCCCCAAAACCCCAACAGGUGGAAAUGGAGGAUUUUUCCGUUCCUUCAACUUCCUCAGACGCAAAGAUAAAGGGAUUGUGUUUGGAAGCCCUCUGACGGAGAACUGCAUUGCCCAGAUCUAUCAGCUUAUCGAGUACCUCAGCAAAAACCUGCAUGUGGUGGGGUUGUUCCGGGUGCCUGGGAACAGUGUUCGGCAGCAGGCCUUAAAGGAGCUGCUCAACAGUGGAGCUGAUGUCGACCUGGAGUCUGGAGACUUUCACCCCAACGACGUGGCCACGCUGCUGAAGACGUUCCUGGGAGAGCUGCCGGAGCCCCUGCUGACGCACAGACACUUCCACGUCCACCUCAAGAUAGCUGACAUGACUCUGUUUGAUGAGCAGGGCAACAAAACCACAGUUCCCAACAAGGAGCGUCAGGUUGAGGCCCUGCAGCUCCUCUUCCUGCUGUUACCGCAGGCCAACCGCUCGCUUCUCAAACUGCUGCUGGACCUCCUCUACCACACCGCCAAGCUGCAGGACAAGAACAAGAUGUCCGCCUUCAACCUGGCCCUCAUGUUCGCCCCGCAUGUCCUCUGGCCCAAACAUAUGACCGCUGCUGACCUGAAAGACAAUCUGAAGAAACUGAACAACAGCAUGGCCUUCCUCAUCAAACACUCACAGAAACUCUUCAGGGCUCCGGUUUACUUGCGGGAAUACGCCAGAGUGCACUUCACUGGGACCAAGGCUCUGAAGACCAAGGAUGAUCUGGAGCUGCUGGCAGGCUGCAGCUCUCCUGCUCAGCAGGCGGCGUUGCCUCUGAAGAGGUCGGCCGUUCUGGGCCUCGGCUCCCAGGAGCCGUGCCCGUCUCCAGGUCAACAAUACACAGAAGAAGCCUUGAAGGAGCUCUUCAGACAUGUUCACCACAACAUGCCCGACUCUGCCAAGAAGAAAAAACUCGUCCGACAGUUAGUCAAACAGACGACCUCGGGAGCUCCCAGCGAGGACCGUCAGGUCUCUACGGCUCCCAGCAAAAAACACCCACGUUCCCGCUCCUUUGGUGGCCUCAUCAAGCGCCGAGCUCGAGGUGAGCAGCUGACAGCAGAGAGGAGGGUCAGACACAUCUCCCCCGAUGCCGUGACCAGAGCUGGAAGAAAAGCUGAUAAAGAGAAUGUGGUGGACAGCCCGUUAAACGUUCCUGUGAUGGGGAAAGCAGGACUGGUUGUAAAAAACCCAGAUUUUACUUUUCACAAGGAGAAAGGCUUAAAAGUUUCUAAGGAGUCUCCAUCAGCGUACAGGAUGUGUUUCUCUCCGGCUCAGGAGGUCUCGCGGUAAAACCCAACGCCCCCCUCAGAUCUCAGACCGGACUUGGGCAGUAUUAACAUUAUUAUUAUUAUUAAUAUUAUUAUUUCUCGCAUGUAUUUUUAUGGUUUCAGUGUAGUCGGUCUGUUUCUAACUGUGACUAAUCUGCAGUAGCUGGAACCAGUUCAGCUAAACCAGCAGCAGAACCUGUUUCCUGUCCAUCUGCAGGACCAACGGUCACUGAUCCCAAAGCUUUUAUCUCCAAAAACUAGACUUUAGAGAUGGUGCCCCCAUCUCCUUCAGGACAGGACGUCCACAGGGAAGCCCUCAGAGGCUCACAGGGUUCUGGUUUUGGUUUGGUUUCACUGGUUCUGAGCUGGUUUAUAACGUGUUACUGUCAGAGACGAGAAAAGUGAUGAUGUGGUCCUGCAGGCUGCUGCAGGACCAGUUUACAUGUUGUACAGCAUGUGUGUGUUUUUGUGUGUUUAUUGGGAGCUGUGAUGACUUAUUUUUAUUUCUGGUAGGUUAUGUUGCGUCUCCAUGGUUACUGGAUGUGUCAGCUGCUGAUCCAGUCAGCUAAGCAUCAAUUAAUGAAUUAAUUUAGAUUUCUCUUUGUUAAUCUGUCAUGUAAAUUUUCUGAUUGUUUUGUGGGAUUAGGAUUAUUGUUACGCUUUAGAUUUUUUUAACUUUAUUACUUCAGUUUCAUGAUAAAGGGGGAGUCAUUACUGAAUCAUUUAGUGGUUCACAGCCGUUAAAUUAAAGCGAUGAAGGUUUUAUUUAAAGAAAGAUGUGUCGAAGGUGGAAGUGAAAGUUAUUAAACCGAGCAGCGGUCUGUCAGACCUGAUCUGUGUGUGUUUGGUUUAACUGGGAGGCAGAAUGAAGAGAGGAACAGCUGAAAAACAUAAAAAUCUUUCAUGAUUAAAAGCCGACAGCUUGCAGAUCUUUGGUUUUACUGAGUUCUGCUUGGAAAUGCUGUUUGCGCUGUACUCGGCUGUAUGUCCCUGAUCUGAUUCAGGGAAGAACUGGUUUUAACGUGUUCUGUAACGCUCCUUUAAGCUUUUUUUCUGAUCGUUUCUGAGAAUAUUUAAAGGCGUUUCUGUGUUGUGGGAGCAGGUGCAGCGGACCCAGAUUUCCUCAUCUGCUUCCUUCGUUCAGCUGGAAAUCUGUUACCGCUGCAUCCGGUUCUGAAGGUACUGAGGAAGUUGUACGGAUGGGUGGCUGAAGCGCUGAACGUCGCUGAUGAACACUAAAAGUUGUGGCCUCCUGUUGAUUGAUGGUUUUAUAUGAGCCCGGCUGGAUUCUCAGCAGGAAAAUGUUAUUUUCAUGUCCUCUUCUUUCAGCAUCUCCAUCCUCUUCAUGUCUCUGCUGUUUGUGAAGGCAGGUUGGAUUCUGUCGUAUUUACUGUGAUUUUUAAGCUCUGAGCUCAGAUGGGAGCUGUUAUGUUGUGUGUGUGUGACGUGAGGUACGAAGCACUCCCGCUGCUGAGGUUUACACUGCCGCAGCAGCAGGACACGUCAUGGUUUUUAAAUGUAAGUUCAGCUGCACCUUAUUACCUUGCUUUUGAGACAAACAGGUCACUCCUGACUUCUUGUUCAGACAGAACUUUUCCAGCAUGAUGUUGAACUCAUCUGUGAUUUUUGUGGUUUAAACUGUGGUUACUUUUUUGUAAUUUGCUGUAAAGUAAGCUAACCAUGUAUGUUGGAUUCCUUGGCAAACCAUCUGCUUUGGAUUAAACCUUUUUAUAUCUGA